AACCUUUUCCUUAUUUCUGUCACUUUAAAUUUAUAGACAAACAAAAUGAACUUUGCAAAUUUUAUAUCUGGAUUCUGCAUAAUUUGUGGAGUAUCAUUGCAGGUCACAGAUUCCAGAUUCACGAGAAAUUCAACAUCAGAUAACUACCUGCAACAUAAACUACAGUCAAUAACACGAUGGCUUGAUAGUAGGAAAGAUUCUACUAUAUUCGAUUAUAUUUAUCAAGUUAAUUAUGGAAUGGGAUUAAAUCUUUAUCAAGGUGAUAUUAAAGGAUAUAAUCCACGACACAGAUCAGCUGUAAGAGAUCAAACAUAUCUGUGGAAUACUCGAGUCAUACCGUACUCCUUCGAUCCGUCUUUUGCUCCUGAUGCAAGACAAGAUGUUCUCAAAGCAAUAUCACAAUAUCAUGACAAAACUUGUCUCAGAUUUAUACCAAGGACAGAUCAGUAUGAUUACAUUGUAUUCAAACAUAUAUCUGGUUGUUAUUCAAAUAUUGGAAGACAGGGAGGACCACAAGACAUAUCAUUAAUGAGUCCUUGUUUAAGGAUGGGAACGGCAAUUCAUGAAAUGAUGCAUGCAUUAGGAUUCUUUCAUGAACAAAGUAGACCUGACCGGGACUCCUGGGUGAAAAUCAUUUUUGCAAAUAUAGAAAAAGGGAAAUCAUUUAACUUUGACAAACUAUCAGUAGAUGAAGUUGAUACUCUUGGUGUGCAAUACGACUAUGGAAGUAUAAUGCAUUACUCAAAAUACUCAUUCAGUAAAAAUGGAAAUCCAACUAUACAGCCCAUCAGAAAUACUAAUGCUGAAAUCGGACAACGAGAUGGACUUAGCGAUCUAGAUAUAAAAAAGAUCAACACACUCUAUCGAUGCGAUAUAAGUAUUCCUGACCAAUUUCUUCCAACUACCUCGAAACCAACACUACCACCUCAGACGCAACCGUUAGCAACUCAGCCAACCACCAAACAACCGACACCGCCAUUACCAACCAAGACAACCACUCUAAAACCGACACCGCCAUUACCAACCAAACCAUCUACACAACAGCCGACACCAACAUUACCAACCAAGCCAACUACUCAACAACCAACACAACAAACACAAACCAAGCCAACUACUCAACAACAAACACAACCAACACAAACCAAACUAACAACUGAAUCAAAAACACCACCAACAUUACAAAAAACACCAACGCCUCAAUCGACGAUGAAACCAACACAACAGCCUCCAUCACCAACAACUGUGAAAACAACAUUGGUGCCUACACUACAGCCAACACUUUCUCCAACACCGAGACCGACUCCAGGACAGAUAGGAUGGUCUUCUUGGUCGUUUUAUACACCAUGUGACCUGCAGUGUCAACGUACAAGAUAUAGAUUCUGUUUCAAUUUGAACAGCAAAUACUGUCCUGGAGCUAAUUCUCAGACUGAUAUAUGUGGAAAACCUUGCAAACCGGCAUCAUACUUAGGAUGCUGGCAAAUUAACUUGGGUAAUUUAUCCAUCCCGUCCAUCGAGGGUAAAUACCCUGAUCUUACAGAUAACUACCAAGCCCGGACAGCAGCUGUUCGGAAGUGUGCUGAUGUAGCAUCUGUUAAAGGAUAUACCGUAUUUGCAUUGUUUGACUUCGGAAUGUGUUUGACAGGACCAAAUGCAGUUAAGGCAUUUAGUCAGUAUGGUCCUUCUACAGAUUGUGGCUACAGAGGAAAAGGUGGAUCCACUGGGAUUAGUGUGUACUCUUUUCAAAAAGAUAUUGAUGGUCAGUAUGGUCUGUGGACAGAUUGGGGACAAUGCACCAGGACAUGUGGUGGUGGUGAACAAUAUCGUUAUAGACAGUGUAAUAAUCCACCUCCAAUUGGUGAAGGAGCACCAUGUAAAGGACCAGGCCAACAACUUCGACCUUGCAACAACGACCUUUGCAGUACUGAUGCUAAAUGCGGUGUUAAGUAUUACAUGGGCAUGCCUGGAACAAGCGGCAAAAUCCACCUAUCAAAUUAUGAUAACUACAUGACGUGUGAUUACAAAAUAGAGACAGUUGAUGCUAAUACCACUAUUUCAUUGGCCUUUUCAAGAAUUGAUAUUGAAUAUAGUCGAGGAUGCUUGUAUGAUAUAAUGACUAUAUACGAUGGACCAGAUCAGUUGUCAACACCAAUAGGAGAAUUUUGUGGAAGCAAUCGACCCAUUCCAUUUGAAUCAUCCUCCAACUCGUUAUAUUUAUUAUUUCAAUCUGAUGCGACUGGAACAGCUGGCGGAUAUACAAUUGAGUACACAAUCAACAGCCGAACAAGAAAAGCCUGUACUCAGAUACAACAGCCAGCACACUCUGUUGCGAUAGGAACAUCUAAUUUUGUUGGUGACAAUGUAGUGUUUGUGUGUGACCCCGGAUAUAGAAUGCUCGGGACAUCAGCGUUAACAUGUGUCGACCAAAAAGGAUUUGCGGUGUGGUCUGACAGAACACCGUUUUGCAUUAGAAGAUUUAAACGAAGCGCAUCUAUGCCAGUAAUAGACUACUGUAACUUCGAGGGAAACUUGUGUGGAUUCCAGAAUGGGGAAGAUGAUGACUUGGAUUGGGAUGUUGAACGAACUUUAAACUUAGAAAAUAAACAAGAGUUUUACUUAAAGACGACCUCAGCUAAAACACAGGCGCCAGGAGACAAAGGAAAAAUUCGAUCAAAAAUUUAUGAAAGUUCAGGCGAAACAUGCGUUCAUUUUUCAUACAGAUUACUAGGCAAUGAUAACACUAUCAUCAAACUUUAUAUAGAAGAUAUCCAUAAUGAGCAACAGUUAUUGCUUUGGACAGGAACUGCAAAUGAAUAUGAAUUAUGGACAGAACAUAAAACGUUUGUGUUUAUAAAUAACGAGUUUAGGAUUGUAUUUGAAUACAUCGUUGGAGAAACAGUUUAUAGUUCAGCAGAAAUUGACAAUAUCACAGUGAAAGAAGGGCCUUGUUGAUUUGAACAAAUUUAUGAAACGAAGCCAUGUAAAGACAUGUAGAUUGUUAUAUGUUAUUG